GACCCGGAAGGAUUCCCGCCCGGGCGCCCGCUCUCCCUCCCGGCCCGCGCCCUCCCUUCCGGCGGCGUCUCCAGGCCGCUCUGCUUGCGCUCCAGGCUGGACGGGAGGAGUCAUGUUAGAAGAAACCUCGAGCCGAGAGCUGCCAUUCUCCUUGAAGACCACAGCGCUGAGAGUGUUUGAUCUCCCGCUGUCUUGGUACUAUUCCCUGAUCCAGAUCAAAUUUUCUCCUGGGGUCAAGAAGCUGUUUGCAGUGACCGCGGUGAGUGCAGUGUCUGUCCUUUUUCUGGCCCAUCACUUUAAAAGAAGACGUGGAAAGAAGAAAAGAAAAGGGUCGCCAUGGGAACCUGGCCAUCUUGCUCUGGAAUGUGCUAAAACAGCAGCAUCUGAAAAAGGUUCUAGCUGUUCCAGCAGCCGACAGAACCUGACCCUGUCUCUGAGUUCGGCUAAAGACAAAGGGUCUCAGUCUGGUGUCUACACCAAUGGAGGCCUUUUCAGCAAAUACUCGGGCUCUGUCCAGAGCUUAGCCUCGGUCCAGAGCGCCAACUCUGGUCAUAGCUGUGCUUGUGGUAAUUCCAAUUCCUGGGACAAGACGGACGAGGAGGAUUUAAAACUAGUCAAUAUUCCUGUGACCACUCCUGAAAACCUGUACUUGAUGGGUAUGGAGCUGUUUGAAGAGGCCUUGCGGCGCUGGGAGCAGGCACUCACCUUCCGAAGCAGACAGGCAGAAGAUGAAGCCAGCUGCGGCGCCAUCAAACUGGGCGCGGGUGACGCCAUUGCUGAAGAGAGCAUCGAGGACAUCAUCAGCGCUGAAUUCAUCCACAAGCUGGAAUCUCUGCUUCAGAGAGCCUACCGUCUGCAAGAGGAGUUUGAAGCCACUCUCGGGGCGUCUGAUCCCAACUCCCUGGCUAAUGACAUCGACAAAGACACAGACAUCACCGUGAGGGGGAACGCUGACGAUUUUGGCCUCCGAGACACGCUGAGUAUCGCCUCCACAGAUUCCUUCGUUUCCGCCACAGAGCUCACAGAACACCGGGAGGGGCGCCAUGUAUACAGUCUGGACCCUCUCUGCCACUGUCCAUUGUACGAAGAAGCCAUGCACUUGGUCGAAGAGGGGAAAAUUUACUCCAGGGUCCUCAGAACUGAAAUGUUGGAGUGCCUUGGAGACAGUGACUUUCUUGCCAAGCUUCACUGCAUCCGACAGGCUUUCCAGGUUAUUCUUUCAGAAACAGCCAACAGGACAUUUCUUGCUGAGAGUGGAAGAAAAAUUUUAUCAGCUUUAAUUGUCAAGGCAAGAAAGAAUCCAAAGAAAUUUGAAGAUGUUUUUGAUGAAAUGAUCUGUUUUUUAGAGCAAACAGACCACUGGGAGACCAUUGAGGUGGAACUGUCCGCGAGGGGGGUGAAAAAUCUAAAUUUUUAUGACAUUGUCCUGGAUUUUAUAUUAAUGGACUCCUUUGAAGACUUAGAAAACCCACCCACAUCCAUACAGAAUGUAGUUAACAAUCGCUGGCUAAACUCCUCCUUUAAAGAAACUGCCGUGGCAUCCAGCUGCUGGUCGGUGCUCAAGCAGAAGAGGCAGCAGAUGAAGAUUCCUGAUGGGUUCUUUGCCCACUUCUACGCCAUUUGUGAGCACGUCAGUCCUGUAUUGGCCUGGGGCUUUUUGGGUCCAAGAAACUCCCUCUAUGAUUUAUGUUGCUUCUUUAAGGACCAAGUCCUCUAUUUUCUCAAAGACAUCUUCGAUUUAGAGAAGGUCCGCUAUUCCAGUAUGGAGACACUGGCUGAAGACCUUAUGCGGCUGCUGAUGCGCCGCACCGAGCUUUUGAUGGCAUACCUGGGCACAGACUCCCUGAGACACACAAGCAGCUGUGUGAGCGGCCAUAGCCACACCAUGUCCAGUGGUCUGGUGGAAGCCAGAGUCCAGUGAGGGGGGAGGUUGUGCGUAUGGCUGGGCCAUCGGGGUGGAAUAUCAAGGGGUGAAUGGAAGGAUGAAGGGGUGAUUAGGCUGAACACCCUUUUGAGAGGGCCAUAAUCCCUAGGAAACCUUCUCAUUUCUGAAAUGUGCAUUUUUCACAAUUGUUGUUUGUGAUUCAAGUCCAUCUUUGGUCCGUGGAGACAAUUGGCUGACCCCUUUGGAGGACUCUUGUGUGAAACUGUUGAGUCAACAUCCUCAAAAGCCUUGCCUUGGCACAUGGCACCCAGAAGGUCACUGCUUUGUCCAAGGGUACACCCAGCUUCCCUGUUUUUCCCAUGUGGCACACUGUCCAUCCAUUAGGUCACUUCUCAGUAACAUUGUAUUUCACUUUGCCUUGAGAAUGCAUCUGUACAUAUCAGCUGUCUCCUUUUGCAUUGAAGCCCAGUUAAGGAAUGCGGGGAAUAGAAACAGUCAGCAUAUAGGCAGUAGCAAUAUCUAAUGUGUGCUGUUUGUGUUGUUGCUUAUGUCAUUUAAUCAAAGACAUCACUGUGGCUCCUGAGUGUGGUGUGAUCCGUUUCCAAGAAUCAGCCCUUUGGGGUCGCAAUGGAAGCUUUCUUGGUCAGGCCACUGCUCCUGAUUCUGCAGGCUAUGAUCAAGAGGGCAAAGACCCUCCCUUUCUCUGCCAGAGGGGACUCGAAGGGCUUUCUUCUCUUCUCUGUUGAAGUUGCCGCUUCAUGAGCUCAGCUUCAGUGUGAUGUCCCCAGGAAAUUCUGAUUGAGAUGCAUAUCCAGCAGGUGAUAAGUUCUGGCAAGACUCUCGUGUGGAGAAGAUGCUAACUCUGGGGCAGAUUGGUUUUAACUUUUUUUUUUCCUCCAAAUUUAACCCCAGUGUUUCCAGUUCUAGGAGAUUUGGUUGUUUCGGGAUCCACGUGAUGGAUGCAUAAACCAGUAUGCUGCUCUUUCUCCUGUGCAUCAGCUGCUUCUUCAGCUGGGUUCAGGGCCUCUGGGCCAUGGGCCGGAGCCCUCCAAGGGAGGGAACCCGUUUUCCUCCUGGGUUGUCUUUUGUUCACCAUAAGGAGUUCUCUGCUUAGGUGACCUAGAGUGAUUUUAAAACAGCAUUUUAGAUGAAAGUGCCUGGUUUCUCUUCAUCAAGAUGUCAAUGUAAAGCAGGAAAAUCGUAAUCAUUGUUUUAAAUGAGAAUCUAGCCGGCGUUGACGUAAGCCUGACUUCUGGAUCAGGACAGUCAGACGCUUCAAGCUGUUGUUGGCUUGAACGUGUGUUUGCACAAAUUCGGGCGGUGACCAUUGUCCCUGGCCUGGGGUUAUCCAAGAGACGAAAUGGACGGUUCCCUCAGGUUUGAUUUCCGAUUUGGAGUCUCCUAUGUAUUGGGAAGGCUUACUUAGCUUUACAUCCUUUGUGCCAUGAAGUUUUAUUUGAUUUUUAUUUUUCCUUACAGCUUGGGCAGAACUGAGUUGGACUUUAUAAACAGUGCAUCUACUUUCUGAUUGAACACUUUGAGAUAGGAUUUUAUUUCCGUGGUUAUCACUGUUGGUAGCAUCUACUUUAGCAACCAAACUAUGGGGGAGAAUUUUGUAUAGUAGUUUUACAUUUGACAAGAGAUUGGUCUGAAAUCAGUUUUGCACUAUUUGAUGUGAUGCCCGAAAGCUGAUUUCAUUGAACACAGCGUAUACAUAUUUAUGUUCCCUGAAAGCAUGUUCAGUAUAUGUUUUCUCUCUUAUGGAUAUUUUACUCUAAAGAAGUACAAUUUAUGCAAGUGUUUGGUUAGUUAUGCAAGUGGUUGAAUUGUCCUCUUCCACAUUUCAAUGUGGUUGCUGUGGAAGGAAGUGGGCCAGCCCCACAGCUGCCUUCCAACCUGCAGUUUUCUGUGUGGCCUUCAAUUAAAGGGAUGAUAGUGACCAAAUAGAAUUUCAGGGAUUUCCAUGUGGAAAAGGUCUCUCCUUUAGGAAGAGAGCUUAUCUUGGCCUAAUGUGGAGAAGAGCUGCCUUUCUGAAAAAGGAUGUUUACAACAGCAGAGGAGCCCGAGGGUCAUGAAUACCAGUUUCCAUAUGCCUUAAAACUGGAUUAUAAAUACAAAGAAAAUCUUUUAAAAUAUCAAAUGAGCAGAUUUUAGUAGCAUGAUCUAAAAUCUCUGUGGGGUAAAAGCCUGUCUAACUCAUUUUUUGUGGUGUUGAUUACAGAGAAAACAUGUGAUCUCCAUCAGACACAUCAAUUUUCAGGUCAUUAGAGUUUCUUUUGGUAAUGUAACAUACAAGAAAAUAGCUUUUUUUCAGUUUUUAAAAAUGGAAGAAGUCAGUGUUGAAGUGAUUUCCCAGCUUCUGUUUCCAUUCCCCACCAUGGUUAGCCACAUAUAUUUCCCACUCACUUGAAAGGCCAGUACUUUUCUUCUUUGAGGAUAACACUUUUGCAGAUUACGUAUGUUAUCAAGAAAGAAGGGAAUCCAUCUGAAAUCCAACUAGCAGAUUUUUCCAGGCACGCACCCUAUGGAUGGCUCCAAAGGACCAGCAUUUCUUCAAGCCUAGGAAGUAGGAAUGCUGAAGAGAAAUGUAAAUGGCCUUCUCCAGAGCUUUCCACACUCAAAAGUCAAGAUUUGCAUGAAUCCCCCAUUUUGACUGUAAAAACAUCAGGAAAGAGUUUUAAAUGUAGACUUUGGAGUCAUGACAUGACUUGGCAGGAUCUGGAAAAAGACUUUUUGUGUUUUGUUUUGAUCCGUGUGGAAAUGUCCUUGUAGAUGAGCAUGGUUGGUAAUGAUGUCAUCCUUUAUCUGUUCUUAAUGACUACUCUCGUUAAAAUCACUUGUUUUGUUUGACAGAAACUAUGUAUUAACUUGAAAUUAGCCAAUGCCAAGAGAUGUUUCCUUUUCUUCCCUAAAUGUACAGUGCGGCACUCAUUCAUCUGCAGAAUAAUGAAAUACUGUUAAAUACAACCAUAGCAGAGAAAUGGCUGUCUCUGCCCCUCCCCCAUAAUAGAUAUGAAUGUGUUUACGAUACUGCCAAAUAAAGGGCUGAUCAUCCCUUUUA